GUGCGCGUGCUUGCGUGUGAGCUGAAUUAAUAAACAGAGCUACAUAACCUAUAAUCUGUUUAAAUAUAAUUAUUAAAUUGUCGGCUUUUAAGUAUUUUAUAUUACUCUAUUAUUAGAAUAAUCAUAAUUAUUACUAUAAAAGUGUAAUAUUAUUUGCUGAUUCUCCAUACUUCCUUGUAAACCUAUUAGAAUAGGUAAAUAUGAGUCAAAAACAGUCAAGACACUUGAGUAUUCUCCUUUUUACUUUAUUGUUAUUUUGUGAAGGAAUAUUUAGCAAAACAGAGGAAGAUGAAGGAGUAAAGUAUGCUAAUAAAUGCGAAGUCUGUAAAAUUUUAGCAAUAGAACUUGAGAAUAGACUGGAAGAAACUGGGAAAACGACUGAUGUUCUACAGUUACAAUACUCCAUAGACGACACAAAACCAAAGAAGAAAAAAGAAUACAAGAAAUCAGAACUAAGACUGCUCGAGUCCUUGGAGAAUGUUUGCGAUAGGAUCCUCGAGUACAAUAUACAUAAGGAGAGAUCAGACAGUACAAGGUUCGCCAAGGGAAUGAGUCAAACGUUCAAAACACUUCAUGGCCUUGUGUAA